AUGGCGAGCUUCGAUGAGAUGGGCAUUGACACCAGCCGCCGCAAUGCGAGCCCGCGACAGCUCACCGAUGCAGAGCGUGCGCGCCUCGACGAGUUCACCGACGCGAUUCACUACUCAACGCGGUAUUCCGACGACGAAUACGAGUACCGCCACGUCCAGCUGCCCAAGGCUAUGCUGAAGGCUAUCCCAACAGAGUAUCACGACAAGUCCAAAGGCACGCUGAAGCUUCUCUGGGAGGACGAGUGGCGAGCUAUGGGCAUCACACAGAGUCUUGGCUGGGAACACUACGAGGUCCAUGAGCCAGAGCCGCAUAUUCUGCUUUUCAAGCGUCCCUUAAACUACCAGCCCCCGGCGCAGUGAAUGGGGAGGCCGAAUUGGGGGCGUUAGUGAGAGGAUGGAGUUU